UCCGGGCUGGCAGCACUGGCCCGGCGAUGCUCAGAUUUACAGUUUUAUUCAAUUUUUGUUUCUUUUUAUGACAGACUUACGGGUGCGAUUUAUAACCAAAUACACUGCGUUGAAAGAUUACAUCACUAUAUAUAUUAAUGUCAGAGCUUUGGUCACAAGGAUAAAUACAUUUGUUCCAGUCCAGCAGCGGCUCAGGCGUAGCGGUUGAGAAAAGAGGUCUUGUUGACUUGCCGCACACAAGAACCCCCACCUGCAACCAUCACCCUCAGCAGCAAAUCAAAAUACUUCCGAGUGCAGUGACAAGUGCAGAGUAUCGUUGCUCUUCUGGUUUGAUUCACCUACAGUGCUGACUUUAUCCUUAAAGAUGAAGUUGAAGGAGGACAUGAACCCCCUGCUGUUGCAGGUUUUCCGCUCUGUGGUCUGGGUCUACUCUGUCAUCACCUUCAUACCUUGGUACUUCUUCUCUGGAGCUGGCAUCAAUUUGGAACGGGCUCGCCGGAUCAAGGCGCGCUCAAUUAGCAGGCACCCGGCAGGGCCUUACAGGGCCAUCAACAGCCAAGAGAAGCUGGUUGCAUGGCUGCACCCUGGGGUGGACACCCUGGACAAAAUGUUUGAACACGCUGCUAGCAGGUUUCCACAGAGAGACUGUCUUGGCACCAGGGAGGUGCUCAGUGAGGAGGAUGAGCUCCAGCCUAACGGGAAGGUCUUCAAAAAGGUAAUUCUGGGGAACUACAACUGGCUGUCAUACGAGGAAGCAUACCAGGCAGCAAAGUGUUUUGGCAGUGGUCUUGCAGCCCUCGGCCAGAGGCCUCAGUGUAACAUCGCCAUCUUCUGUGAGACCAGAGCAGAGUGGAUCGUCGCAGCACAAGCUUGCUUCAUGUACAAUUUCCCACUUGUGACCCUGUAUGCCACUCUUGGACCCACGGCCAUCGCCCAUGGCCUGAACGAGACAGAGGUCACACACAUCAUCACAAGCAAAGACCUGCUUCAUAGCCGGCUUAAGGCCAUACUGUGUGAUGUGCCCAGACUGCAAUAUGUCAUUGUAGUUGACAGUAAACCCACAAGCUGGCCAGACAUCCCCAGAGGCAUCAUGAUCUACAACAUGGACGCUGUGAAGGACAUGGGAUCCAAGCCUGACAAUAUAGCGGUUGACCGCAGACAGCCAUUGUCCUCGGACAUCGCCGUCAUCAUGUACACAAGCGGCUCCACAGGCAUCCCCAAGGGUGUCAUGAUCUCCCAUGGCAACAUCAUGGCUGGCAUUACUGGCAUGGCUGAGCGAAUCCCUAACCUCAAUGAGACAGACACCUACAUUGGCUACCUGCCGUUGGCCCACGUUUUAGAGCUCAGCGCUGAACUGGUGUGCAUCUCUCAUGGCUGUCGCAUCGGCUACUCCUCCCCUCAGACUUUAGCCGACCAGUCCACCAAGAUAAAGAAGGGCAGUAAAGGGGAUACAAGCGUGCUGAAACCUACUCUCAUGGCUGCCGUACCAGAGAUCAUGGAUCGAAUCUACAAGAAUGUGAUGACCAAAGUGGAGGAGAUGAGCAGGUUCCAGAAGACGCUCUUUGUGUUGGCUUACAACUACAAGAUGGAGCAGAUCUCCAAGGGCUACAGCACGCCGCUCUGCGACAGUCUGGUGUUCAAACGGGUGCGUGCGCUCUUGGGAGGAAACACACGCGUGCUGCUUUCUGGCGGAGCUCCACUCUCGGCUGCCACACAGCGCUUCAUGAACAUCUGUCUGUGCUGCCCUGUGGGGCAGGGCUACGGCUUGACGGAAACCUGUGGAGCUGGCACCAUCAGUGAGAUUUGGGACUACAGCACAGGACGCGUUGGUGCUCCACUGGUUUGUUCAGAGGUCACACUAAAGGACUGGGAGGAGGGUGGUUACUACAGCACAGACAAGCCCAACCCUCGAGGUGAAAUUUUGAUCGGUGGGCCCAAUGUAACAAUGGGUUAUUACAAGAAUGAAGUCAAGAACCGCGAGGACUUUUUUGUGGAUGAGAACGGCCAAAGAUGGUUCUGUACUGGAGACAUUGGAGAGUUUCACUCCGACGGAUGCCUCAAGAUCAUCGACCGUAAGAAGGACCUGGUGAAAUUGCAGGCAGGAGAGUACGUCUCUCUGGGAAAAGUGGAAGCUGUUCUGAAGAACUGCCCUCUCAUUGACAACAUCUGUGCCUACGCCAACAGCGACCAGUCAUAUGUGAUCAGCUUUGUGGUGCCUAACCACAAGCAGCUAAUGGCACUGGCAGAGCAGAUGCAGGUGAGGGGCACAUGGGAGGAGAUCUGCAACAACUCCCAGAUGGAGAAAGAGGUCCUCUGCAUCAUUACUGAGGCUGCUAUCUCAGCGAAACUGGAGAGAUUUGAGAUUCCCAAAAAGAUCCGACUGAGUUCUGAGCCGUGGACACCAGAGACUGGCUUGGUCACUGACGCAUUCAAACUGAAACGAAAGGAGCUCAAAACACACUACCAGGAGGACAUUGAGCGAAUGUAUGGUGGAAAAUAACACAGACACACUCCAAACAACACACAAACACAUACACGUAUAUACUUGCACACAUACAGAAGGAGCUCAGAAGCCACUACCAGGACAACUUGGAGAGGAGCUAUAUUAUAGAUACAGGUAGCGCACACACACACACACACACACACACACACACACAUUAAUGCAGACACAUAAAGCGUCUCAUAAACCUCCUCCUCGGCUUCCCUGUGACCAGCUUCGAUCAAAGGAGGGGAAAUAACUCUUGAAUCCAGCUGAAUGCUCUCUGUCAAGACCAAAAGGCAGAAGGUCCCUCACAGACAACAGAACCAGCCGGACGCGGUGCGACGCACUACUCGCUCCUCUCUGAUGGAUUUUUAGCCCUUGGAGUUGCUAUGACGACUGAGGCAGCACAUGAAGUCGGACGCCUGCAUGACUCGAAGCGAAACAAAUGUCAGGCUAGACGAAUCUGGAUCGAUGUCAGCGCAACCCCUCCCCCCCCCCUCUCUGUUGCUUCUCUUCCUCUUCCCCUGCUCUCUGGAGCCUUCCACCAGUUCAGCAUGGUCGUGGACUUGCAGUGCAGAUACCUGGCAGGGAAAUUGGGGUAGCAUGAGUCUGAUAGAGGGAUCCCUCCUGGGCUUUAAGUAACUUUCAGGUUGGAAUCUAUGCAGGGAUCUCUUAUCUUUCUUUUUUUUUUUUUUUGUAUGUGUCGCUAUGUUUCCUUCAUGUUUGGUUCGUCAGCUUUGAAACCCAUUUUGAUGAGUAUUUUUUUGUGUGUGAGGAAUCUGUUGUAAAGCCGUGAGAGAUUGAGCGUUAAGAUGUUUCAAAAUACUUUUUCUUAUUGUUAUGGGUGUAUUAUUCUGAGGGUUUGUUUUUCUCACUCCUCUUGUUUUUUAUUAUCAUUUUGUUUAUGUUUAUACUUUAAUGAGCUUCGUUUACAAGCUUUUUUUUUGUCUUUUUCUCCCAUUAUUUGCCUGUGUCCCAAAGUUUGUAUAUUCGAGUGUGUGUUUACUGACUUGACUAGUAGAAGCGAUCCAGUCUUCAGUCCCUUCUGCUCUCGGCCUUUGCAGCAGGGGUCAGACAUCAAUAGUAAAAGGCAUCCAUUGGGACUUUUUCCAUCCCUGCUCUUUGCCCCUAGUUUCAUUUUUCUCCAUAUCUGAGCAGUCCCCUGGAUGCCUCCCAACCUGUGUCUUAUUGGCUAUUUUGUUGGCAUCAUUCACAUACAGUAGCCCUGCCGCCUCAGCCACAUAUUCCGCCAGUCAUGACCAAUGCACCGUAUGGAUGUCUCCAAGGGAACUUAGCCUACCAUAGAGAAAUAGUUACACUAGUUAGCCUGUCAUUGGUUGCUCCCCUGGUUACUUUUUUUUUUUUUUUUGCAACUACAUGUUAUCCUUUUUGCCAUAGGUCUAGUUACUGUUCCUUUUAUCUUUUAUACUUCUGAAUAUGAAUUAUAAAAUGAAUGUGCAAUAUUUAUACACAAAUUUUAGAGUAGUGUGUGUAGGAAGGAUAGAAACGCACAGACAGCAGCCCCUCAAUAAUGUCUGAAUGUUUAGGCCUGUUACUCUCCACUUCAGUGCAUAAUGGAAGGCCUGAAGGCAAACAACCAUAGGAACUAAAGAAGAGACUGGUAGAGACACUGAUAGGGAAGUCUAGAUGUAGCCCAUUUAAACGUACUGUGCUGAACUAUGUAUUGUUCCUUAACGAGACUGUAAAGUGAGGAUUUAAUAUUUGGCAUUGUAGAAAUCGCAUGAUGAAAAGUGUGCAACUGUACCAAAGCACCUGAAUAUAUAUCUGGGAGAAGUGAGAGAAUCGCACUCCAGUCAAACAACUUAAGGAAUUCCAUAUGCAUACACUCCUUAUUUAAUUGUGAGUAUAUAGAAUUACGCUGACGUGACUUCACAGAGUGCAAAUAACAUUUCUGUUUCUCCAAAUUGGUUUAUGUGUAUGAUACUGUAUGUGCAAUGUAUAUAUAUAUAAAAAAAAAAAAAGGGGUCUACACGUCUUGGAUUCUGUUAACUGCCAUUUAUUUGAACUCAUGUAUAACAUACAUUAAUUACUGUAGAUUUUCAGAUUGGUGGUUAUACUCUCUGAGUGGCAUCAGUACGAGCGACACUCCUGCUUCAGUAUUUCUUUCUCCUCUUUAGGUUUAUGGACAGAAGAUUAAACAGUGUUUGGUCAGUGGUCCUUCAUAUAGGGCGCCAUCUUCCUUUCAGCCGCCUUCUCUGAAUGCAAACCCUGCUUUGCUUGUAUUGAAGACAUAUAGCAUUAACAAAGGUACAGUCAGGUACUCUAACAGCCUCUCCUUAUCAGAUGUCUACUAGCUUAAUACAGAAGGGUUGUCUUAGCAUGUAGAAAUUUGACAAUACUAUCAUGACCUUUCUGUUUUGUUUUUGUUUUUUUGUCUUUUUUUUAAAUAACAUUUCUCUCUCCUGACAUUUCAGUGAAAAGUCAGUAGAUUACUGUGCUGUUUGCUGCUUUUCCUCUGCCUGGCAAGAGGUGGCUAGUUGCCUUCUGACACACAUGAGCUGUCUUCAGGGGUCUUAAGAAUGUGAAGCACUCCCCGCGUUCUGUUGAUAGCGCACAUGCCGUGUCCUAUACUAAUAACAUCCAUUUGAACUAACGGCAAGGCAAAGACAGUGGGUGGUGCAAAGAUGAACUUCACUGCUCCUGUUGUUUUCACUUGCAAUGUAAAUACGGUGAGAGGGGAGGGGGAUCAAUGAUCAAACUUCAUUAAAGCUACCAAUAAUUGUACAGGUGUAAAGCCUCCUGUUAACAUAUUUAAUAAUCUUUGUUACUGACCAGUUUUUUGGGGUCUCCUCCUUGUUUUGUGCGGUUAAGUGGCCCCAGUGAGCCGGGCUGUUGCAAGUGUCUCCUUCCUUAUUUAUUUGUGAUUUGGCCUUGGGAAUUAUGUAAUGAAAUAAAAAAUAAAAAAAGUUUGUGUUGUAAUUACUGUUGGUCUUUGUGAAU